CCAAGCAAAGCCGCAGCUACGCACACAGAUGUGACUGAUCGUUACUUAAACAAAUCCCUGCAAAGAAACUAACUCGCAAGACUAGGCUGUAAUUCAUUGGGCAGGAAUCGAUUAAUACUCUGUUGGAUGGGACUUGCCACAUUAACCGCGACAACCGUUUUCACACCGUUUUCUCCAGUAAGAGAAGCCGGCGCGUGUCCUGAUGGUAAAAGUCAAGAACCCAUGGCACAGGCCAGUGGUCAUCUUUCUGGCUGCUGUUAUCAUCGUGGGGAUCAUCAUCAUGGUGGCUAUUUCUGUCAUCCAGAACAAGCCUUUACACCAGAAAUGCAAAUAUGGAAUAGUUCUGGAUGCAGGUUCCUCCCAUACCUCUGUGUUUAUCUAUGAAUGGCCAGCCGAGAAGGAGAACAACACUGGCAUGGUACGACAGAAACACACCUGUAACGUGCAAGGCAAAGGCAUCUCUAGUUACUCUGCUAAUCCACAGGGGGCUGGCGCAUCUCUGCAGUUGUGCAUGGAGGAGGCCAAGCAGAAAAUACCCGCACACAGACACCCUGAAACCCCUGUGUACCUGGGAGCCACAGCAGGCAUGAGACUGCUCAGGAUGGAGAAUGAAGAAGCCUCAGAUAAGGUACUGGACUCUGUAGCACAUUCACUGAAGAGCUACCCCUUCUCCUAUCAGGGAGCUCGUAUCAUUUCAGGCCAAGAAGAGGGAGCUUUCGGAUGGAUUACAGUCAAUUACCUGAGCAAAAACUUGAGAAAGCCCACAGGGACGCUUGGAGCUCUGGACCUGGGUGGAGCGUCUACUCAGAUAACCUUCGUACCUCAACAGAAUAUUGAAUCAUAUGACAAUUCUAUCGACUUCAGGCUGUACGGAAACGAUUAUCACCUGUACACCCACAGCUUUCUCUGUUACGGGAAGGACCAAGCUCUCAAGCUUUCUAUGGGCAAGAAAUUAGAGUCAACACUUAAAGCUGACAAGACAGACCCCAUUGAGUUAAGAGAUCCUUGCUUUCACCCUGGAUAUAACUUCACCAGGACCGUUCCAAAUGUCUUCAAUACACCCUGUAUGAGAGAAAUGAAACUGGCAAAUGAAACCUUCUUCCAUGUAGGGCUUGGGAAUUGGUCUCAGUGCCAACAAUCAAUCAGAAAAGUUUUUAAUACCAUCGAUUGUCCUUACUCAAGAUGCUCUUUCAAUGGUGUUUUCCAGCCUUCUGUCUAUGGAGACUUUGGGGCCUUUUCAGCUUUCUUCUUUGUGAUGGACUUUUUGAAUCUGACAAGUGAUACUUUAGCAACUACAAAGCAGAAGCUAGCAGCGUACUGUUCUACACCAUGGAAAAAGAUUGUAGAAAAUCAUCCCAACAUAAAAGAGAAGUACCUUUCAGAAUACUGCUUCUCAGCAACCUACAUUCUCACUCUUCUGGAAGACGGAUACAAAUUCACCUCCAACAGCUGGAAAGACAUCAGGUUCAUUAUGAAGAUAGGAGACAGUGAUGCAGGCUGGACAUUAGGUUACAUGCUUAACCUGACCAACAUGAUCCCCGCUGAAGCUCCAGACACGCCGCUGAUGCCUUAUGAGGGAUAUGUCACAUUUAUGUUCCUCUUCUCACUUCUAAUACUUGUUCUUCUUCUUCUGGUCUAUUUCUAUUUCCGUCGGUCCACUAGAACAGCUCAGAAAGACAUCAUUUAAAUAGGGAUAUUAUUCUUUGGUAUCUAUAUAUUGAAUGUUUAUUUCUGCAGAACAAAAUUUCGAUAAAUCCAAAAGGUUUUACAUUUCAAAUAAUUUGGAAAUCAUACCUCAUGUGAAGGAUAAACAGGUUUUUGAAGAGAGAUGGGUUACAGGUUCCACUGCAGCUGAAGGGACAUCAGACUCUGUGUUUUUGUGACCACUUAAAGUCUUCUUUAAAAGUCACGAGUACUUAAAGGGGGUUGUUGAGCUUCCUUAAAAGGAAAUGUGCACUGACAUUCAAUAUAUCAUGUGCUUUUUAGUCUUUUAUGAAGCUUCCCGUUUUAUGUAUAGAAAAGCAUAUCUUCUUGAUGCCAGUAUCUUUUAUUUUUUUACUUAUUAUAAAGAAUGUCUGUGAGGGUCAAAAGUCUCUAAUUGUAUAAUUUUUUUGCAUUAUGGUCAUAUGAAAAUCACUGGAUAUCAUUGUUUAAACAUUGCUUUCCGCAUAGCACAUUUGUUUUUAAUUAAUUGCAAAAGGGGAGUCAUUACGUGCUUUUUUCUUUCUUUCUGUGCAUACUGAUUCUUGCUUUGUAUUGCAAUAAUUUUUUUAAUACCCCAAUGUAACAGGAGAGUUAAAAUAAUCCUUUGUCCUAAAAAACAUUUUCUGUUUCUAUAAGGCACAUUCUGUAUAUGAAACCCCUGUGUAUGGUUCUGAAGUGAUGUGUAAAAUUAUGUGAAAUUGUUUUUAUAUAUUUAAACAAAACCU